UGUGGAAGCCACUCAUUGCCCACUGAAACGGUGCAGGUUAUGUAACUCGGUUUCAUGUGUAAGACCUCGGUGUGUCUCGUCGCUAGAGAUUGCAAGCAACUUUUCUGUUCAGGUCGGGUUCUCUUUGCUGUCUCUGAUUAGGUCCUGCUGUUUGCAUCACUAACCUCAUGGAGAAAGAACAACGUUUUUCAAGCAUACAUUAGCAGUUUUAUGCUGAAAAUCAAACGUAACAAUAAACAAUAUCUUGGCAUUUAAGUACUGGCUAGCCAUAAGGACACAAAAGCAGCGUGCAUUAGUUGCCAGUUAUAAAAAGGUUAACACCAGUGGAUAGCCAUCAGAGAUUUGUAAGUAGUGGCUAACCACUAGCAUUAGGUGGUUAGCGUGUGGCAUUUAUUUGCCUUUCUAAGGGUGUUUUGAGAAUAGAAGACGCGAAUGGGACACACCAGCCUUCUCAGGUGGCCUGAAUGGGAGAAGGAGUGAGCAUGGACAACCUUUUGGAGUUUGGAGGCAUUUGUCCGUCCAGCCGGAGGGAAUGGGACACGAGCAGCUGUGUGGAUGAUUUAAUGGACGAAGAUGACAAGGACAGAGCAAAAAGGGCGUCCCGUAAUAAAUCAGAGAAGAAGAGGCGAGACCAGUUCAAUGUCCUCAUUAAAGAGCUGUGUACUAUGCUGCAGGGUCAGGGUCAUCCCCGCAAGAUGGACAAAUCCACCAUCCUGCAGAGGACCAUUGACUUCUUGCAGCAACAGAAAGAGAUCACAGCGCAAACAGAAUCUUGUGAGGUCCGACAGGACUGGAAGCCUUCUUUCCUUAGCAACGAGGAAUUCACCCAGUUAAUGUUGGAGGCAUUGGAUGGUUUCCUAAUAGCUCUUACCACAGAUGGAAACAUCAUAUAUGUAUCUGACAGUGUGUCCUCUCUCAUUGGCCAUCUGCCGUCAGAUAUGGUGGACCAGAACAUUUUGAACUUCCUGCCAGAGCGAGAGCAUGGAGAGGUGUAUAAAUUGCUGUCAUCACACAUGCUCUUGACGGAGUCUUCUGCUGUUGACCUCCUCAACUCCAAUGAGACGCACAUCGAAUUCUGCUGUCAUUUAGCGAGGGGGAACAUUGACCCAAAAGAACCACCCACUUACGAAUAUGUUAAAUUCGUUGGAGAUUUCAAGUUUCAUAACAAUGUGACUCUGUCCUCAUGUAACGGUUAUGAGCUGGCAUUUCCGCGCACACUACAAUCCUCAUUGGAGGAGCAGGUCUCUCUUGUAGCCACAGUGAGACUUGUGACCCCCCAAUUCCUGAAGGAUCUGUGUAAUGUUGAGGACAUUUGUGAUGAAUUCACAUCAAGACACAGUCUGGAAUGGAAAUUUCUCUUCUUAGAUCACAGGGCAUCUCCUAUUAUUGGAUACCUGCCGUUUGAGGUUUUGGGAACAUCAGGUUACGAUUACUACCAUGUGGAUGACCUGGAGCUGAUCGCUCAGUGUCAUAAACAAUUGAUGCAGUUUGGGAAAGGAAAAUCCUGUUACUAUCGGUUCCUGACUAAAGGACAGCAGUGGAUCUGGCUGCAGACACAUUAUUACAUUACAUACCACCAGUGGAACUCCAAACCAGAAUUUAUCGUCUGUACACACAGUGUGGUCAGUUAUGCUAAAAUCCGAGCGGAGAGAAGGAGAGAGGUUGGAUUGGAGGAAAGCUCGUCAGAAAUAGCCUCAUCCUCAAUCAAGGUGCAGGAGGUGUAUUUGGACAUGUGUCCACCUUUAGAUACUCCGCGGGACAGAAUCAGCAGCACGCAAUCAGUGUCCUCACAAAGCUCUAGAAAAUCAUCACACACAGCAAUGUCUGACUCUGAAUCGAACUCAUCAGUGAGGUACACAGAAGUGUGCACGUCAUCACGGCAAUCUGCUUCCAUUGGUCCAGAGAAAAGUUCCAGCAGAAUGCCACACAGCAGAUCAAAGAACCUGAUUCAGAGGCAGAGCUCCUCUGAGCCCACGCCAGUCUCCCCCUCCUGCAGUCAACAUUCCACCACCAUGACACAAGCUCUGUACGGAUACCAGGAGCCUCAGUUAGGCGUCAUGCAUCAACUGAAGGAACAGCUGGAAGAGCGAACACGCAUACUACAGGCAGACAUCAAAACACAACAACAAGAGCUGCACGACAUUAAAGAGAAACUACAGCUCGCAAACAUACAGAUGUUACUCCAGCAACCAAUACAGGGAGAGUUCACCAGUUCCAGUCCACAGCAGCAGGGUCCAGUCAGGCCGACCCAACCCAGCACACAUCCUAAACCCCAACACUGUGUCUCACAUUCAUCACACACACUGCUCCGAGAACAGCCCAGUAGCUCAUCUGCUCAGGGCCAGCAGAGACUGGUUCAGAGUGGACACAUGCAGGGUGUCAGUGUUCCAAUGCAGACACACACCAGUAUCACCACACCCUUCUACAGCAACCCAAUGAUGUUCUCUCCCAACCACGGACAACGUAGCCAACAAGACACACACUGCCAAAGAAACACACACACCGACUACAGCCAGGAUGGACAGCUACGGAUGCUGCUAAACCAGCCAAUGCAGACGCUUGUACCAGAUAGCAGUGGGGGAGCUCAGUCUUCCCAGUGCAGCUCAACUCUUCAACAAACCAAAUAUCCUAUGGAGCAGCAGAUGAUGGCUCCCUCAUUCCCUGUGCAGCAGAUGAAUUGUAACGCUGUGCUUGUCCCCUCCCCCGUCUUCACUUCACCAAUCAUGUUCCCCCAUAACAGUUUCAUCACCCAUCAGGCCACGGCCACCUACACGGCUCACCCGUCGGCUGCCCCACACAGUUUACCACUACAGCAGCCUCAGCAGUUCUUUCAGAUGCAGCCGCAGGGUCUGAUCCACAGCGGUCCCACUCAGGCCAUAUUUCACACCCCUAAUGUUCCACAACAAAGCACUGUGGGAUACAUACAGCCACAACAACAGCAGCAGCAGCAGCAGCAGCACCAGCAGCACCAUCACUCCCAGUCCAGCAGCCUAUCAGACUAUAGAAACAUGCUUCCACGAUAGCCCCACUCCCAGGGGGAAGCCAUGAGAUUGCCAGGAUAGCAUGUUGAGUGGUUAACUCUUUAGCUUGAUGGGAAGGGACUCUUUUGACUCAGGGGAAGGCUCGCUCCUGAGCCAAACAAAAUCGAGAAAGCCAAAGUCUCUCAAAGUUCCCAUGACAGCACACAAUGGUGAGAAUGCCACAAGCCCCAAGGCUCCGCCUAGCCCAGACUGCUUGUGGAAGAUGCUGCGGUGUGUGGGAUAAGCUCACAGUGGCAUGACCCAUCUGGUACUCAUUGAGCGAGGGGUCACAGAGAAGCCCUGGACAGUCAAGCAGAUGUGCCGAUUCAAAUAUAAAAGACAGAAUGCUACAGAUGAUUUUUAAAUAGUGGAUUGGAAAACUUGAGCUGCAGUUUUUUGGCACUGUAAUAUUACAGCUGGUUUGUUUUGUCUGGACAUUUCUUACACUAACUCAGCAAAAUCAAUCAAUCAAGAAAUGCCUUGAAAGAGCAUAAAUGGAUGCAGAGUUCAGUAACAGAACGGUUGCGAGUGCUGAACACAUACAAAAAUGGCCUCACCUCACAUGAGAUGAAAUACAGUAUACACAAUGCAUCAUCAUAACAAUGAACAUGCAUGAACAUUUCAUACAUCAAGGAUGGUUCAUCUGCAGGGCUCUCACUCCACAGGUUCUCUCUAUGUGUGGUUGUUUAAGAGGAAAGGAGCUGGACACAAUUCAGCUAAGACCCAAAUAUAUUUUGAAAACAGAAAGCCAUCAGAUUCUGUCCCCUCCCAGAUAGAUAUAAUUAUAAAACUUGAAUCAAGUUGUAUAUUACAAAUAUUUAAGAUCAAUCUGAAAGUUCAUACCAGGAUAAAAAAAAACCUUUGCUACUAUUGAGUUUGAAUCAUCCCUGUUACUCUUUAUUUCUGGACCUUCUGUAUCAUUAAGAACAAACAUUUAGUUAGUAAAUAGUAGAGUUUCUAUAUUUAUGCUGGUGUCUAGACAUUACUCUUCAUCGUUUUCAGGUGAAGCAUGUUGACUUAGCUGAUUAAAAAGUUCUCCUUUGUUAGUUUCGGUUGUUUCAGACAUACAAUUGUUAUCCAACUGGUCCCAUGUCCAGACAGUAAAUCUGCAUUGAUUUGAUGUCAAUUUCAGGACAGCAUAGGUAUUUAUUGUGUCUCAAUUCAUAUGUGGAAAUUUCUUCUUCAGUAUUACACAGGGAAGAGGCUUUGUCUUAUUUAUGCUUUAUAGCAGAGGGUGUGUGAGACAUUAUUAUUGUUUAAUGGGAUAAUUCACACAAAAAUUUAAAUCCUCUCAUUUUUUACUCACCCUCAUGCCAUCUAAGAUGUGCAUGACUUUCUUUCUUGAGCAAAACACAAACACAGAUUUUUAGAAAAAUAUUUCAGCUCUGUUGGUCUGUUCAAUGCAAGUGAAUGGUGAUCAAGCCUUUGAAGCUCCAAAAAUGGAGAUGCAUACGCAGAGCACUAGAUGGAGCUACAGGAAGUGUAAUCAAGCUUGAAAUCAUGAUCGCCAAGGAGACUGCUGUCAAGAUUUGUAGUGAAAAAGGAGUUACAUUUGGGUCUGUCUCACCCAAAACCGACUGGAUCACUUCAGAAGACAUUGAUUAAAUGACUGGAGUCUGAUGGAUUACUUUUAUGCUGACGUAAUCUGCUUUUUGGAGCUUCAAAGGCCUGAUCAGUAUUAACAUGCAUUGUAUGGACCAACAGAGCUGAGAUAGUCUUUGUUUCAUCGUUUGUGUUUUGCGGAAAAAAAACAAAGUCAUACACAUCUUAGAUAGCAUGAGGGUAAGUAAAUUAUGAGAGAAUUUUCAUCUUUGGGUGAACUAUCCCUUUAAGGUGGUGUGAUACUAAGUGCCACAGUGAUUGCAUGUAUGUGUCCUGUUCGGGAGAAAUUAAUGACUGAAGACAAUCAUAAUGUGAUGACUUUAAAGAGAGCUGCAGAAAUGGAAAUGUUCUCACACUUGGGCUCAGUGUUUCACAAAAAAAAAAAAAAAGUCAAAUUUAAUCAAAACAUAUUAUGCACUUAUUGUCUCGUCAUUUUUUAUUACGUUACUUUAUUAUCAGGAGUUGAUGUGGAAAUCUACGUGUCAGGCUUGUCAAGGGUCAAAGUAUUUACUCCCUUAUUUUUGAGGAUUCAAAAUCAAGUUUAUUGCAGUGUUGUGAUGCUCUCAGACACAUCCACAUCCAGAAAAAAAAGAAAAAACAAAUUCUGACAAUCCAGAAUCACAGAAUUAUUUUCUUCUUUGUGGGAACUUUAAGCUGCUCUUUCUUCUGUCCUGUCACGCCUUGCGCAUUUAAAGACUGGUGCUGAUUAUUUUAUUUUUGUAAAACAAAGACAACUCUGUUAAAGUCUAAAAUCAAUCUAUUGACAGCUUCCAUUAUGUGCCCUUCUGCAUGUUGUGCAAUACGAUUCUAAAAACAAGAAUGUUUGUAAUUUAUUCUUCUCAAAGAGAUUUUUUUUGUUUCUUGUCAGCAAGAGACACUUCAUAUUAGUAAAAGCCAAUGUGCUGUUUAAAUGAAAAUGGAAAGUAUUUUUGUAUGAAAACAUCUUCAACAUUCCUUUGGUGAUGUACAGCAAUGUGUAAAUUCCCAGACACUCUCAGGUGUGACAUUUUUACCCAGAUGUUAAAGCUAGCAAAUGUUACUCGCAUGUAUCUAAACUCUGUGGUUAUUUUGAACAAAUUACACUGGAAGGAAGCACUCCAGGCCAUAUUUUUUUCAUUUACAAACCAUACGAGUAUAACAUUUCCCAUUUAAUAUGGAUAAGAACCCAUUGAUGUCCCACUAUCAUUUAUGAUGUCCUUAGCAGAGUUUAAAGCCCCCUUGACUUCCUACUAAUCCACAUCUCAGUGUUUUGUGCUGCCUCCCUGGAGUGACGCUAGGAAUGAUGAGGAAGAUGUUUGGUGUGGUUUGAGUGUGUUUGUGUUUCAGAUGCUGGUAUUUUUUUAAUAACCGAAGAAGCUCCAGCAAUUGUAUGUUAACAUGGCUUAAUCAAUGACGGGUCUAAGUGAACUGCAACUGUUUAGCCACAAACACACCCUUAGUGAUAAAGGCCCACGUGCCUGGGUGUUCUGCAACAGUGCCUCCGUUUUUUUUUUCUUCUUUCGUGAGAUUAUCUUCAGGUUUUGCAAAUGCGCUCUUUGUGAUUUCAAGAUGUGAGAGAAAAGUUGAAGUAAAAUUUGACUACAUUUUUGGUCAGGCUUUCAAACAUUCAUUAAAAAUGGAUUUGUUUCCCUCGAACACAACUAGCUGCUUCCUACUUAGUUUAACAGCCUUUUGUGGUAUUUUUAUGUGAUAUUUUCCCAGUCAGGCUAUAUAACAUGUAAAGGUUUUAUGGUUUUGCAGACGUUCAUGUGUUUGCUGUGUUGUUUGCACAUGUGGAUGUUAUUGUCUUUGCGUUUAUUGAUUGGGCUGUGAGUAGAGAUGAAAGCCGUUCUGUCUACUCUCUCUCUCUCUUUCUCUUUGUCCAGUGAGACUCUGCUCUGGUUGUGGAGACUGCUUUUUAUUCUUUUCCCUUUCUUUCUGUCUUAUGAUUUUUCUGAUUCCUCUCUCUGGCCUUGAUUUCUCCCACAAAGUGUCUGUUCUUAUGAGGAUGUAGGCCUAAAAGUUGUGUGUGUGUGUGUGUGUGUGUGUGUGUGUGCGUGCGUGCGUGC